AUGAUAGACGUACAGCUCACACUUCCCAGCGACAAAGCGAAGUUACCGCCGUCGGACCACCCCAUACUCACUUUACUUGCAAGGGACAAUCAAGGGACUAAAGUUAGGAGCAACUUGCAGCACUUGAGGUUUUCCAUUAAUGGGACGUCGAAAUAUUUCCAAGUCUUCGCCACUACUGGAGAUGUGUUGCUCACUCCAACGUUUUUCCAAAGCGAUAUAAAAAGUCUUGGAAAAGUCUCGACGACGGCCUGUGUCGUAGACACAAUCAACGACGACCGCGAUCGUAUGAGUGUGCAAGUGAACAUUUUCCCGUCGGAUAAUCUGGACUGCGACGAGAUCCUCGGCGAUAUCUGCUACUGGACCGACGUGACGUACAGGAUAGAGGAGGACACCCGGGCCAGCUUGUUGGGGCCCUUGGCGUCGUCGUACGUCAGGGAAAUGUGCCCCGGUUACAGUGUCAACUACACUACAAAUUCAAAUAAUAUUCAAAUAAUUCCCCCCACCUCCCCCGGUACUGCCUGGUCAGUUGGCACCACUGGACGCCUGACCCACCACAACAAAAAACCCACUACAGACAGAGCAGAUUACCUUUGGGCAGAUGUCAUGUGCAUAAUAGAAAAUAAAGCUGGAAAGGAAAAAGGUUCUACUCGACAAAUCGACAAAGAGAUCAAAAUACUUGUACUAGAUAUCGACAAUCACCCUCCAAUACCACAAUACGACCAAAUCGUCGUCAAUAUGACUUCAAGCAGUGUAAGAAAGGAGGAUUCCAUCCAACACCCACAUCUGAUAUUCACGGAUGAGGAUAACAUGGACGUGAACCACUACGAGGCCGUGGUAACCGACGGGGAGGAGGAAGAUUUAUUGCGGCCCAUCUGUAAUAAACACCGGGACACGAGGAACGGGAACAGGACGGCCAUCCACUGCCGUACGUACACGCUUAUAUGUAGCCAGUUGGGUCAAACGUUUCUCGAAAGUAUCUCGGUGAAUAAUGAAGUGGGACAGGCGGAAUAUGAAAAAACCGCCGCUCCACUGGCAAGAGUCACCCAACCAGUUCACCUGAGGGGUUCGACAAAUUUCACAUUAUCGUAUAGGACCGUUAACGGGAAAAUCUUUGACAUCACCAAAGACGAAGGUAUUAUCUACAUACACCAUUUCCUCGGACUGAGAAACUCUCCUGAAUACGUAAGGCUAAACGUUUCUUGGACAAGAAACAACAAAAUCGAGUUCGAUGAGAUUCAGGUCAGGAUAAUCGACGAACCCAACAAGACGUGCGGUGAUAUAAGAAACUUCACCGACUGGACAUUUUGUUCGGAAUACGAGACGUAUAAUAAGUGUUUAAAAUCUAGUUCUUGCGCUAUAUCUACAGGAGGAGCACCAAGUGUGGCCACAAGGCAAAAACCGGAACGAUGUAUGUGGCGUGGUGACAAAACCCCCUCUAACGUAACCCAUUUGUACUCCACAUGUACCCCAGACACCAAGACGUGUCCUGACGGUAUCUGCGACUCUUUGGAGAAGUUGUACAGCUUGAUAUGUCCGCAGGAUUGCACAAUGGAAGUGUCAUUUCCUGCGAAGAGAAACGCAAAAACAGGACGGGGUGUCGACGAAUCUAGCGGAGUGGUGACCUGCAGCCAAAUGGGUCAAUGCACCUCUUCUACCACCCUCGGCAAAGGCAAGAAACAGAAAAAUGUCAGAACUACGUCCACUGUAGCUCCACCACAAGUCCAGCCGAAUGUCAGCAGUCUGACGGGUAACUAUACCUCGGGAAAAUUCUUAGGCGUAGACAUGGCGAAAUGCGGCACAAUCUGCGUCCUGGGUAUAGCAGGUGGCACGCUUUUCUUGGGCAGCGCGGUCGCUUUGGUGGUGAUCUGUUGGAGAUUGGAUAGAGUUAAGAAAGCAGUGAUGGAGAAGAACAACGAGGAGAACCACGAGAUGACAGCUCCGCUUUCAAUCUCCGUUACCAGAAAUCUCACCAGCGAGCCUCUGCCUCUCAACUUUCACAUGUCGGCCAUAACAGCGGAUAUGACAGCUUUGAGUAUCAUAAAAAAAUACGCGCCCGACCCCAAGUGGGAGUUCCCCAGGUCACAACUCGUCAUAGAGCAGACGCUCGGCGAGGGAGAGUUCGGGAGGGUGCUGCGGGCCAAGGCGUUGAGUAUCUCGGGACAAACAGGUUGGUAUAAGGACGAGGGAGGUUAUACAACAGUGGCCGUAAAGACACUGAAAGACGACGCCAGAGAGUCUGAACUCAAUGAUCUGUUAUCGGAGUACCAGCUCCUCAAAGAAGUUUCACAUCCCAACGUUAUCCGCCUCCUUGGGGUAUGUACAGCACCGGGAGGUCCUGUAUAUCUCAUCAUAGAAUACGCUGAGUACGGUUCCUUAAGGAACUACUUGAGACGCAGCAGACACUUAAGGUCAGAGAUUUUGAAGUCCUCGUCGUUUGUGGAUGACAACGAUAUGGACAACUACGACGAACCCAACUUGGGCAAAGUCACAUCUAAAGAAAUACUCUCUUUUGCAUGGCAGAUAUGCAAUGGCAUGGCUUAUCUAAGUGAUAUCAAGCUGGUGCAUAGAGAUCUGGCUGCUCGCAAUGUGUUGCUAGCUGCCGAUAAAAUAUGCAAAAUAUCGGAUUUCGGCCUGACGAGAGAUGUGUACGAGGAUAACGCUUAUUUCAAGAGGAGCAAGGGACGAGUUCCUGUAAAAUGGAUGGCUCCAGAAUCUCUAGCAGACCACGUCUACACAACCAAAUCUGACGUGUGGAGUUUCGGAAUUUUAAUAUGGGAGCUGGUGACUUUAGGUGCCACUCCAUAUCCUGGUAUAGCCGUUCAAAACCUCUUUCACCUCCUAAAGCAAGGAUACAGGAUGCAGAGACCUGACAGCUGCUCUCCAGGCUUAUACAAGGUAAUGAGGAGCUGUUGGCAUAUAGAUCCCGAGCAGAGGCCCACUUUCCAGGAAUUAGCAAAUUGUUGGGAGAAAUUACUAGAAGACAAAAUGGAGUACACAGACCUAUCCAAUAACGCAAUAAUAAACAGAGAAUAUUUCGGGAAUAUAGAAGAGAAGGAAGAAAACUUAUCUGACGACCACCCAGACGACAUAAGCCCUUUGAAUUACCUGUCUAGGGCACAAUCGUAUGAAAAAUGCGGAGCCACUGACAAGAUUCUCAACAACGAAGUUGAGAACAUCACACAGAACGAUAUUAAUCUGAUAAUGAACACUCAAGGAUACGAAACACCGGUGAAGGUUCCCAGAAAAGUGAAAACACCAACCAAUGAAGACCCCCAGGAGUACACGGACAUGGGGGGUAAAUGCAAAUGACCCUCGACCACAGAAAAUGGGACAGUGCUGAGUCGAUCAAGUUAAUCCUGUCCGGCUCUGUGUAUGUAUAUG